AUGAAGCUAUUCGGCGGGCUCGUUGCGUGGCGCGCUAACAAACAGGCCACGGUCACCACAUCUACGACGGAAGCUGAGCUGCUAUCCCUCUCGCAAGCAGCAAAGGAAGCGCUAUUUGCAAGCCGCCUGAUCUCCGCGCUAAACGUACACCUUCCAACAGAAGAAGCGCCGGAAGCGACGUUUCCCGCAGAAAAGCGCAGCACCGUUCGACUGGGGACAACGGAUCUAGUGACCCUUCAGACGCGCUUACGGCACGUGGAUAUUCACAACUACUGGCUACGACAAGAGGUCGCAGCGAAGCGCGUAUCCGUGGCAUACACACCGUCGUCAGAGCUUAUGGCAGACGGUCUGACGAAGAGUCUCGCGCUCCCACAGUUCCGCGAGUUCCGGAAGCAGGUCCGUAUGAGCGAACAGGCAGAGCUCCUGAAGCGGAAUCGGAGACGCGAAUUAGAAGAAGACGAAGAAGCGUGGGCCAAGAGAGCCGCGCAGGAAGACGUCUGGGCGGUCGAAGACCACGAGAAGCGCGCUCCGAGUGCCACGGGAAGCUCGUGA